AUGAAGUUUUCUUGUUCAUUCACGGCAUACGUGAUAAUAUCGAUAUUUUCAACCCUUGCUAAUGCCAUAUGGCUAGACACAAAUAAUGAAACCACAAUUAGAGAAGAUUGUAAUAUAAUUGCUAAAGGUUUAUUGGAUUAUUAUGAAGGUACAACAUAUGGUGGUACCAUUGGUAUGUUCACCAAUCCAUACUAUUGGUGGGAAGCCGGUGGUGCUUGGGGUUCAUUGAUUGACUAUACAUUCUUCUUUGAUAAUGACACUUUGGUACCUUUGAUUAAAGAAGCAUUAUUAUACCAAACAGGUGAUGAUGAUAAUUAUAUUCCUUUAAAUCAAUCAACUACUGAAGGUAAUGAUGAUCAAGCCUUUUGGGGGAUUGCCGUUAUGGCCGCAGCAGAAAGAAAUUUCUCUAAUCCAGAAGAUGAUUCAAAAGCUUGGUUGACUUUGGCUCAAGCUGUAUUUAAUACCAUGCAAGCUAGAUGGGAUGAAGAGGAUUGUAAUGGUGGUUUAAGAUGGCAAAUUUUCCAAUGGAAUUCUGGUUAUGAUUAUAAAAACUCUGUGUCAAAUGGUUGUUUAUUCCAUUUGGCUGCAAGAUUGGCAAGAUACACCGGUAAUGAUUCUUAUGUUGUUUGGGCUGAAAGAGUUUGGGAUUGGAUGUAUGGUGUCGGAUUAUUGACAGAAGGUAAUUGGUGGUUUGUUUAUGAUGGUGUCAAAAUUUACAACAAUUGUUCUAAUAUCACCAAAUAUCAAUGGACUUAUAAUCAAGGGUUGAUGUUGGCUGGUUGUGCUUAUUUGUACAAUUAUACUGAAGAAGAAAAAUGGUAUAACUAUACAAUUAAAUUAUUAGAAAGUUCUCAGGUGUUCUUUAUGAACAUAACGGGUAGUAUGGUUAUGUAUGAAGCUGCUUGUCAACCUUCAGGAACUUGUAAUAAUGAUCAAAGAUCUUUCAAGGCUUAUUUCUCGAGAUUUUUGGGAUUGACAUCGGUGUUGGUCCCACAAACAGAACCAGUGAUUAGAAAAUGGUUAGUUGAUUCAGCAAAUGCUGCUGCUGGUUCAUGUAGUGGUGGUUCUGAUGGUGUCACUUGUGGUUUAAGUUGGACUAACUGGUCACAAGGUUGGGAUGGUAAAUGGGGUUUAGGUGAACAAAUGUCGGCAUUAGAAGUUAUGCAAAAUUUGAUGUCGAAUAGUCGUCCUGCUCCAUAUACUGCUGAUACUGGUGGUUCAUCCAUUGGUAAUCCAGCUGCUGGUUAUGGUACUCCUAUCACUGAUGCCAGACCAUUGAGCUUAGAUAGUGGAGAUAAAGCCGGUGCAGGUAUUCUUACGGCAGUUAUUGGUGCUACCUUGGUUGGUACAUGUAUUUGGUUAAUAUUAUAA